AUGACGGCAGCAGAAGUUGUGAGUAUUGCUGGCAAUGUACAAGCAAUGACCUGCCAAUGGAGGGAACCAAAUGAUUCUCUGGCUUCCGAGUUUGUAUUGCUGGGACUCUCAGGUUCUUGGGAAACUAAAGUUUUUCUCAUGAUGAUAUUCUCCUUGAUCUACUUAGGGAUCAUCCUGGGAAAUCUCUCCAUUUUGUUUCUGGUAAUUUUUGAUUCUCACUUACAUUCUCCUAUGUACUUCCUGCUUGCAAACCUGUCACUCAUUGAUGUGGGGGUUGCCUCUACCACAGUCCCCAAGAUGAUUACUGAUCUAUUAAAGGAAUACAAGAUAAUCUCUUUCAAAGGCUGUAUGACACAAAUAUGCUUCAUCCACAUCAUGGGAGGAGUGGAGAUGGUAUUACUCAUGGCCAUGGCAUUUGACAGAUACACAGCAAUCUGUAAGCCUCUUCACUACUUGAACAUAAUGAGUCCUAAAAUAUGUGUUUCCUUUGUCAUCACUGGCUGGGUGAUUGGCGUGAUUCAUGCUAUGUCUCAAUUUGCUUUCAUUAUAAACUUACCCUUCUGUGGUCCUAACAAAGUUGACAGCUUUUAUUGUGAUUUUCCCAGGAUCAUAAAACUUGCAUGCACAGACAGAGCCAAGUUUGAGUUUAUUGUUGCUGCCAACAGUGGCUUCAUGAGUAUGGGCACCUUCUUUCUGCUAAUCCUUUCCUACAUCUUCAUUUUGGUCACUGUCUGGAACCGUUCUUCAGGAGACUUAUCCAAGGCAUUUGUCACUCUGUCAGCUCACAUCACUGUGGUGGUCCUGUUUUUCACUCCAUGCAUGUUUCUCUAUGUAUGGCCUUUUCCCAGAUCAUCAGUUGAUAAAUACCUGUUCAUUGCUGACUUUGCCAUCACCCCUGCCUUAAAUCCCAUCAUAUAUACAUUAAGGAACAAAGAUAUAAAGGUAGCCAUAAAACGAUUGAGCAAACAUAUUAUUAAUACUCUAUCAUCUGUGUAUCAACACACAAUACUAGUAACAUCUUUCAUGGAAAGUGUUGAGGGUAUAAAUCGGGCAUGGUCUUUGGUAUAA